GACCUUUAUCACCCUGAUCACCGAUUGAUCUCAGGGGCAUCGUCUCCUAACGCUUUCGUUCAACCUCAGUAUUCAAUAAUAGCAACGUUUUUCUUCUUGCUAAUACCCUUACAAGAACGACAAUUAUAACACGAGCAUACUCUCGUUUGCUCCUUGGAAUCAACCUUAAUCAUGGACGAACAAUCUGGCCAUCCGGCAUCAACGCCUUCGCCUCAGCCCGAGCCGUUUCGCAACAGGCUUCCCACUCUUUUUGAGGUGCUGAGUCGUCGUACGCGACCUCCGGUCGAUCUCUUUUCGUUUUACAUUUAUAUGCGGGACCAGCAACGAUCCGUUGACUAUCUCGAUUUUUGGCUCGAUGUCUCUCAGCACAUGUCGCUAUGCCGUCACUAUGUUCGUGAACUCCGACGCUCCGUCCUAAUAGGGACUCCCGAUAUGGACAAGGCCGGUUCAAUACGCUCUUCCGCCAUUCUAGAGAAUAUUGGAGACAUGAAUCAUCCUGCCGCCGGUCCAUCCAUGUAUGCUACGGAGAAAGAGAAGGAUCAGGACGCCCAGAUGUCUGCUUUCCUUCGCGAGGAGCAGGCGCAAGACUCGCCCAACGAGAGCGCCGGGACCGACCGCCGAGGGACCAGCCGUCCCAGUGGGUACUUCAGCACCCCGCAAGACCCGACAUCCGACUCGAACUCGCCCGCCCUCACCGUCGCGCGGCAAGAUAUCCGCGCAUCGGCCGAGAAGAUUCUCUACACUUUCCUACUUCCUGGUGCCGAGCGCGAAAUCAUCCUUCCCGGUAGCAUCACGCAGGACGUGACUACGUCAAUUGAGGAGUUUGGAAGAGACGACCCCGAGGUGUUUGACGUGGCAAAAGACUACGUCUUUCAGGCUAUGGAGAGGGACGCCUUUCCUGGCUUCCUCCGGAUGAAGGCCCUCGGCAACUUGAUCCCUCCGACGCUGGUUCUUCGUCUUAUCAUUGGUCUACUUGCCAUGUUUGGCGGCUUUUGGGCCGCGUUUGUGCUCAUCUUCCUUGACAUGGACCGACUGACGAGAUGCUGGCUCAUCCUCCCGUUCACUCUGGGCGUUUACUUCCUCGCUUCUUACCAGUACUCGCUCGACCCGGUAUUGGCCCUCAUUGGUUUCAGCGAGUACACACCUUUCAGUUUCUCUCGUAUCCACGAGCCCUACAUCCGCAAGCUCCUCGCCAGGCGCUCCCUCAUGGUCCUUGCCGUCACAGCUCUCAUUGACGCCGCUCUUUGUCUCCUCUUUAUCUUAGUCCCCGGCAAGAGGCUCUGAGGACUCGAUGUCACUUGAUGGUUGGGCAGCUACGCGAUUUUACGAACUGUAUGAUGUUCCAGGGCGUUGGGUCUUAAAGCGAUGGAGGUUUUUUUUUCUUCCACUUUGUCUUCCUCCUC